AAGAAGUUUGGAGUUGGAUUAUAUUUAUAAAUUUGCCCAAAUAAUGUUGCGUCCUGGAAGUGGAGGUCCUCUGCAUAAAUUGGCUGUGAAUGAUAAAUGCCAUGAAGUCCAUUCAGUCACUUAGUUCACUCACCCUAUGACGGAAUGACUUCCAAUUCAUUUUGGUGGUGGCGGAUAAAAAUACAAACAAAUCUGGAAAACCGUGCCGUAUGGAGAGGUUUGACAUGGAAAACAGAUGUGGGUGAACUUUGAUUCCCAAGUGACAUGAUGUGCAACAUGUGAGAACAUGGGAAAUCAUCUUAAUUUGGUGACUCAAUUUGGUGUUUUACGCAUGUAUUUCGUCAUAAAGUCACAGAAUACCGACAUUUGUGUCAUUGGCAGAGAUUACUAAUUGAAUGAGGCGGUGGAUUUUCCCCCGGAGGGCUGUUAAAGUGAGUGAAAGUUACCGCCUCCUCCAUCUGACACACCCUGUAUAAAACACUGGCAGCGCUGGGAGGCUGACAGAAGAGCCUGGAAAAUAUUGGAAGUCAUCCCACAGCACAAUCUUCAUCUUCUAACAAGGAUUCUCUGCUGGGAUGUUGCUGGUUGUGGUUCUCUGCCUGCUGGCUUGCGUUCACUCGGGCAUUGAUGCGUAUCCACGCCAGCCUGCCACCCCGAAAGAAGGAGCACCCCCCGAGGAAAUGGCCAAAUACUACUCUGCACUCAGACACUACAUCAACCUUAUUACAAGGCAGAGAUAUGGAAAACGAGACAUUCCAGACACAAUGUUUUCUGAUGUGUUUGUAAAGGAGAGCACAGAGACUAUUCCUGGGUCCAGUUAUGGCAGGUAUGAUGAGCUGCCAAUGUGGUGAUGAUCUCAGAGUUGCUUGAAACUUUUCAUUUGGAGUUAAUUGUCAAUUGUGGUGCAUGAAAUAUUGUAUUUAAUAAUAUUAAAGUAUAUGUAUAUUGUAAAUAAUGUUUUUUUCACAUCUUGUUGGCCCGAUAUGCAGCGUUCCUUACUAAACAGUGCCCUCUUGUGAUAAUCUGUGGUACAACGAUAUUUUGGUAAUACUGCACACUAUUAAAUUGUGCUUUGUUUUUGGGACGGGAAUAAAAUUUAAAAAAUGAGAAAAAUCUCUAUUUUAUAUUUCCAAUUAUUAUCAUUAUCAUAUUCUUUUAAUAAUUAUAGGUGGUAGUUUCUCUAAUAUAUAUUAGUCAACAAACACGGAGCUGUCACUAAGUUACGAUGUUUAGGUAAUUUUAAAUUUUUGUACCAUUUCACAAUUUCCAAAUGUAUGUUGAAUUUCUGUGUCAGUGAUUCUCAAAGUGUAGGCUCCUGUGGGAUGCAAAAGAAUCCCUGCCUAUGUACAGUUCAGUUGUAUUUAACCUUUUUUGUAGAAUACAGUUGUAUUACAUCGAUUUGAACUUUUAUCCAAGUGAUUUUAAUUGAACUUUUAUGUGUAAUGCAUUUGAAUGGAAUCAUUAUGUCAUUACAGGUUAUUUUUAUAUUCAUAUCGAAAUGCAGGGGUGAUUUUCAAACUGCAUCAUGAUGACCAUAAGGUGGCUUACAAUCAUAAAUACACUAACACUUGGGCCUACUACACUCCUGUAUUUUAUUGUUGAUCACGAUAAUGGUACUUCUUAAAAAAAAAAGUUUGGGAAACACUGUAUUAUAUCUACUGUGUAUUUUCUUUAAAUAAAUGUGAAAAUAGACAAA